GCUUCACAGGACCAUGUUGAGGAGGAAGCGUGGGCCUGUGCACAUACAGCUUAGCAGUGUACCACUCAGGCCCGCCGCUGGGGCCCCUUGAUCAGGGCGUGAGCAGAGGCCGCUUGGGAACACAGGUGGGAACUAAACCCAGCCAGGGAGAGGGGAUGAGCAAAGACCUCCGAGACCACACUGCCUUGUUUUUGUUAUUCCCACUACACUAAGGUCAGGAGUGAGUGUGUCCCCCGAGCUCUGGCACCUGGCACAGGAAAGACCCGUGGAGUUGGCGUAAGUCGAGUGACCAAUUUGUCCCAGUUUGCUCAGGACUGUCCGGGUUUCAGCACUGAAGGUCCUGCUUCCCAGGAAAUCCUUCAGCCCUGAGCAGACCAGGCAGACGGUCACCCUGCCAAAUCUGGAUCUGGUCUUAGUCCUGGUAGUCACUAACUGGGUGACCUUGGGCCAGACCCUGCUACUCUCUGGCCUCAGUUUCCCUAUCUGCCCUGCUCAGGUGGGCCAUCUGUGCUUUUGUGCUUUGCAGAGUUGUCAGAGCCUAGGCUCUCACCUCAAAGACCUUGUUAACUUGGGGCUGGGGAUGUGACCCUAGCACUCUCUGAGCCAGAAAUGCCAGUGCUGGGGCCCAGUUCCCAAGGAUCACUGGCUGGCUGGCCCCACUGGACUGGCAGCGCAUGCCCCAGCUCCAGAGGCUGAGGACAGAGCGGUGUCAGUGUGCAAUGGCUUACAACAGCAUACAGCAUAGAAUACAAGGAACAGCAUAGAAUACAGCAUAGAACAGCAUAGAAUACAAGGAACAGCAUAGAAUACAAGGAACAGCAUAGAAUACAGCAUAGAACAGCAUAGAAUACAAGGAACAGCAUAGAAUACAGCAUAGAACAGCAUAGAAUACAAGGAACAGCAUAGAACAGCAUAGAAUACAAGGAACAGCAUAGAAUACAAGGAACAGCAUAGAAUACAGCAUAGAACAGCAUAGAAUACAAGCAACAGCAUAGAAUACAAGGAACAGCAUAGAACAGCAUAGAAUACAAGGAACAGCAUAGAAUACAGCAUAGAACAGCAUAGAAUACAAGGAAAUGUAUUCCUUCGUGGUUUUCACAGUUCUGCAGGCCAGAAGGCCACAUCAAGGUGUCAGCAGGGCCACGCUCUCUCCAAAGGCUCUAGGGGGAUGCUUCCCACCUCCCGCAGCUUCUGGGGGCCCCAGGCAUUCCCUGGCCUGUAGCCACAUCACUCCCAUCUCUUCCUCCGCCCUUAGAUGGCCUGCCCUCCUUUGUGUCCAAACUUCCCUCUUUCUAUAAGGACACCAGUCACUGGAUUAGGGCCAGCCCUUGUCCAGUGUGGCCUCAACUUAAUCUUAUCAGCGAAGACUCUGUCUCCAAAUAAUGUCCCCUAUGCGGGCACUGGGUGUUAGGACUUGAACAUACCUUUGCGAGGAUGCAGUUCAACCCACAGCAGGAGGUAGGCCCAGCCAGGUUCCCCAAAGGGCGGUCUGCACCUUUAGUGGUGGAGCUCGCUGCUCUGGGGGGCAGCGCGGGCAUGCAAAGCAGGCGGAAGGAGCCUGGGGACACAUGUGACGCCCAGUUGUCACAGGCUGGAUUCACAAACCUUUCCCUUUGUGCAGCAGAGCAAGAAUGCUUUGCUUUUGCUCUCACCCCAAGUGUAUCAGGAUUGGCUCUUUAGUGUCAAGAAAGACACAGGAUGACAAAUUGCUAAAAACGUUAAAAUAAAAAAGUUGGCCACGGAACUUCAGGCCAGAUGAUUCACACCUGUUCCACACAGAUUGAGCACAUUCACAAACUGCGAUGGGAGAGAUAUUCAAGGGUCGUCACAACUGUGCAUCCUUCGCCCAGCACCAGCCCGAAAGACGCCUUGACCCGGCUGGGAGGAGGCAGCCUGGCCCAGUACCGGUCCUGUACCGCCGUCCUGUGGUUCCACCUCGCCCCCAGCAGGGCGCGCUCAUGAGCCUCAUAGCUCAUGAAGCGCCAGGCUCCGGCUCGCCCUGGAGUCUCCCUGCCCGCUGCCCCCUGGGCUGCAGCGCCCAGGGCCGGGGUCCAGGCGGUGUCUGCUGGCAGGGCUGCCUCCCUGCCCUCGAGCCAGCGCUGCAGGGCCGGCCGAGGCCGACCUGUGCCUCUCCCUUCCAGGUCGUCAUUCCCUUCUUCAGCUUGCUCAUCAAAGACAUCUACUUCCUCAGCGCGGGCUGUGCCAGCCGGCUCCCCAAAGGACACAGCAAAUUUGAGGCACGGUCCCCCUCGCCCCCGAGAGUAACAGAAGGUCCCGUGGGCUGGGACAAGUGGCGCCCAACGUGGGGCCCGAGGUAUGGACCUUUGUCGGGUGACGCCGCAGAGUGCUCUUCGGCCGAAGGAAACCCUACAGAGACCCUCGUUCUGCCGCUCACAGAGUCGACGGUCUGGUAGACGCAGCCACACAAAAAUCGGUC